UCCGGCGAUCUGUCUGCGCAGCGACAGUGCAGCUGAAGCGUAAAGCCUUCAGUCAACGACACACGGCCAUAAUAUCCAGCAGCUGCUCCAGUAGCACCAUCAAAGAAAAGCAUUAUCAAUACACCCGACGACAAAACCAACAUGGUUAAGUUAGGCAGUAACCUGGUAGAAAAGGUGGAGAGACAGGGGUCACUUGAGGAUGGUUUCGACAACAUCCCCCUCAUCACUCCUCUGGAGGUCAACCAGUUACAGCAGUCUUUCCCCGACAAGGUGAUUGUGAAAACCACAACAGAAUAUCAGCUAAAGGAGAAGAAGAGGAAGCUGUAUGUCCCGAGCACUAAGAACCUGAACAUUAACCAUUAUGAUGAGUUGCCAAAGCAUUUCAUGCUCAUUGCACUGAUCGUGAUAAUCCUGACUUUCCUGGCAUGCCUGCUUCUGUUUGUCAUGUAUAAAGCGCUAUGGGAUGACCAGCUCGGCUGCCCUAAGGGCUACGUUCUUCAGCACAGUCACUGCAAACAGGAAGCUCUGGAGAUGUACUACCCUGACCAGGUUUCCAGAGGCAGCCUCUACACUGCCAUGACCCACCUUAACCAGGCCAAGAGGAACAUCCCAGAGCUCUCCUCCCCAUGGCUCCCCCUCAUCAACGCUCUGAAGGAGGGUCAGAGAGCCAAGGGAGAGGGAAACCACUAAUCAACGCAAGGGAUCUGAACAAGAAAGGGCGGGUGACGGACGGUCAGGUGCGGUAGUUUACACUGGAUGUUCGUUUUAAAGGGUUUGUGAGCCCAGAUCACAUGAAUGGCAAAGAUGACUGUGUAUAUGUGUGCAUUUUGUGUUUAAGACCGAAAGGAUUUCGGGAGCGGGACGGGAAUCGCUAUUUAGAUUUAACUUAGUCUUUGAAAGUGCUUUGUUUAGUUGCGAAACUGGUAAACCUGAAUCUGUUCAGCACUCAGAACUCAACUCAUGAUACUUGAUAACCAGUUUAGAUGAAACGCAGUAUUUUGAUCCUAGUGUCACUAUGCCACUUACUUAUGGCACAUUUCACUGUGCCAUCCUAAAGUUAAUGGCACUGCUUGUAAUUCUGCAAGAUUAGUUAGGAUUUAAUUUAGCUUAGUGUAAUAAACUGUGAAUUGUGCCCUCGUGAACUUCAAUACAACCAUGAGGAGUCUAUUGGAAAGAUAUAGCAUUCCCAAAACUCUUGUAAUUUCUUUAAAUCGACUCGUAACUACUGAUUGUUGUUGGAUGUAAACCUGACAAUUGGUUGCAUUUAGAUUCUGAUGAAUUGUACCAUUGUAUGUUUUUUAUUUGUGUGUUGAAGGACUUGCACACAAAACACCAGCAGCCAUUUAAGAGUUUAAGUAAUGUUGUAAAUUUUUCUCAAAGUUCAAGAAUGUGACAAACUGCCUCACGAAGGUGCGUAACCUUUAAAUAUUUCUUGCGUACAUUCGUCACUUACACAAGCUGUACUGAAUGUAUAAAGUGACACGAUGGCUGUUUGAAAUGUUUGUUGUAUUGAUUUAUUGUACUCGGUAUAUAUGCAUUGCAAUCUAUUUAUGUAUUUAUCUUAUUGUUUUGGCAUAUGUCUUAGUUUCAAUGCAAAAUAGUUCCUGCAGAUGAUAAGCCUGCAUAAAUCCUGCAGUAUUAUUCUUCAUAUCUGUGUGUGACAAACUUUGAUUCAUUCUCUGUGUAUGAUAACAAAAUAAAGGUUUCAGUAUUCAACAGUU